UCAGUGCAGCAGAGCCAGAGAUAGCAGAUUUUUAAUUUCAUACCAAGUGUCAGGACCUGGCGCCUACACUACCCAUGAUGCAGCUCGACCGCCAACAGUUUGUUUGAGAGGUUCCGGUGUGUCAGUGUAGCUCAAAGGAAAGAGACGAGGAGCGGCUGCAGCGGCCUGGAUAACUCAUUUAUUUAUUUUUUAUUUUAAACUCGUAGUCUGAAGUCCUCCCCGCGCAGCUAAAGAAACCUCAACGUUUAUCACGGAACUAACCGCACCAGGACAUACGGGACACACAAACAACAGAACGGAGUCUCAGUGAGUCGACGGCGCCAUCUUGUGUCGGGACACAGUGAUGUUACAGUGGGAGGAGACCGGAGCUCGUCACGGAGAGACUGAACUUCAGACGGUGAAUUGAAUCUCAGUUUGUCGGUCACCCUGCUGCGGAAGAGUUUGACUUACACAGAAUCAGUCACAGUUCUGUUUUCAUACCCUGAGGCCAGUUUAACACCAGGAGAUAAAGCAACUGACAAGACGGCAAACCUGAAGACAACUGCUCAGAGGAUGGACAUAAAACAGUGUUGUGUGAAGCUUUCGGUCCAGCCAUCCAGGGGGCUCGUGGAUGAAAAGUUUACCGUCCUGGUCCAGAACCUCUUUCCUGGUUUCCAGCUGACAGUCCGUGCCCUACACCAGUGUGAAGACGGACACACCUGGGAUGCAUUCGCUCACUACAUCGCCAACGCCACUGGGGAAGUGAACGUUUCAGAGGAUCUCAGCCUGGGCGGGACAUAUUCUGGGGUUGAACCCAUGGGUCUACUGUGGAGCCUCAGGCCAGUUCCAGGCAGCAAACCUGGGCUCAGGCUGAGGAAGAUGAACGUCCAGACUCCCAUGGAGUUCACAAUCUCAGUAUACCAGGGUCAUCUGACUGAAGGCUUCACAGACCAGGUGCCACUGGCCAGUGUCGUGGUGGAGCGUUGGUACAUGGCGCCCGGUGUCCGUAGGAUCCCCGUUACAGAGGAUGGACUCACUGCGACCCUCUUCCUGCCCCCAGGACCGGGACCUUUCCCCGGCCUCCUGGACCUCUGGGGGGGUGGAGGGAAAUUGGUGGAGUACCGAGCAGCGCUGCUGGCCUCCCACGGCAUCGCCUCCCUGGCCCUCGACUACCUGACACCUAAAAGCCCCAUAGAAACUGGGAAGAUGGUGGGCAACGAGUACUUUGAGAGGGCCUAUAGAGUCCUGGAGCAGCAUCCUCAGAUCCUCAGCAGCAGGAUCGCCAUGUUGGGCCUUUCCCUUGGCACCAGUAUCACCCUCAAAAUGGCUGUUUACUCCAAAGUUAUUAAGCUCAGGUGUGCAGUAUGUAUCAGUGGGAGUCAUGUGCAACGGGUUGAUGGAUCUCUACGACAAAAUUUGAGUUACUUUGACAAAAACUCUGCAAAGAUUCGCUUUGACAAAGAUAACAACGUGAUCUUGCGGGAUAUGACACUGCCCAUCACCACCAACCCCUCACUCAAAGUGGACGUGGGACGACUCCAGUGUCCUCUGCUGCUGGUUGUAGGUGAGGACGAUCAGGACACACCGGCCUACGAAGCUGCAAUGGACAUGAGGGAGAUGAUGGAGCGGGCGGGGAAUAGCCACCUGCUGACUGUCCUGUCCUACCCAAAAGCCGGUCACCUAAUCGAACCUCCGUUCACGCCGUUCAUCCGAGCCAGCCCCAUCCGAUCAUUCAGCACUGGUCAGAAGUUGUUGGUUCUGUGGGGCGGAGAGACGGUGGCACAUUCUCGUGCUCAGGAAGACGCCUGGAGGAAGACGCUGGUCUUUCUGAGGAAGAAUCUGUUCGGCUGCACAAACCCUGGUGCAGCUAUGCUAUCGCGGCUGUAACCACAGCAACAACUGAUGGUUAUAGAGUUGCUAAGCUACUUUGUGGCCCCCUGGUUCAGGAAUUAACAGUCCCAUUGUUUUUACCUCAUAGAUAAUGUUACAUGACUCACAGUUGACUACAGACAUUUUCCUGAUUGAAUCAUCAGAGUAAAAGAUGAAAUCACUCUCCGACUUUAACACUUAAUCUGUCCUGUCAAAUAAAAAAAUGAUUUAAAAAAGUACAUUAUUUCCCUCUAAUAUGUGUCGAAUUUUUAAGUAGCGAAAAAUAGAAAUUCUUAAGUAGAUUACCUCAGAAUUGUACUUAAAGGAAAUGGCCACUAGAAUGAAAAUACAGACAGUAC